AUGCCGUCGCUUGUAUCCACAGCUCGGAGACCCAACCCGCCACCUCAAGCCCACAGGGGUUUCCUGAAGAGUAGAAUGGAGAGGCCACCCGGCUCAGACAGUACCCCUGGCGGGAGAACAGAGCCUCUGAGCCAGCUGCCUCUGCCAAAUGACCCUCAGCAGCAGACACCACAGAGCUUGGCAGAGGCUGACCUAGAGCGUGAACUGCAGUGGUUGGAGCUGGGCUCUGAGCUAGCCAAGGAAGACCAGAAGGAGGGGGUCCGGGGCCCGCAGGGCUGGGGUCACCUGUCCCAGGCCGUGUGGCAGGGCCAGGCGGGUCUGGUGACCCAGCUGCUGCGGCAGGGGGCCCUAGUGGAUGAGAGGGACGGCGCGGGUCGCAGCCCCCUCCACCUGGCUGUGCUGCGCGGCCACGAUGUCGAAGUGCUGCUUGGUCACGGGGCAGACCCCAACCUUCGGGACAGGCAUGGGCGCUCUGCACUUCACCGGGCUGCUGCGGCGGGACACAUGGCCGUGGUCCAGCUGUUGGUAGCCCACAAGGCCGAGGUGGAUGCGCAGGACUCUCUGAACCUCACACCUCUGCACCAUGCCGCUCGGGGAGGCCACGUGGAGGUGGCCAGCCACCUACUGGACAAGGGUGCUCAGGUCAACGCUGCAGGCUGGCUCUCCAAGACCCCCCUUCACUUCUCUGUGGAGUCACACCAUGGCCCCACCACAGAGCUUUUGCUGAUCCGAGGGGCCAGCCCUGCCCUGAGGACACAGUGGGGUGAGGUGGCCCAGGACCCAGUGUGCGAGGGGAGUCUUUGCAUGGAGUAGAAGAGGUGCUGGGGGCACACUGCCUCUCAGGGCCUCCAACUGAUGGGGGCUGGAGGCUCCACAGCCAGAUGGGAGAGGCACUCCUGGCCCCCGGCCUCCCUGGUUCGCCCAGGGCCUGGCUCUUCUGGGUCUGAGGCCAGCCGUCUGGAAGGGUAAACUUAGAGACUCCGGGAGAAGGCUAGAUCUCUUGGACAUGGCCGAGGGGAGGGGCCAUUCCCACUACAGCGCCAGCCUUCACCACAUACUUUGGCACAGAGGCGGGGUCAUGCAAUAGUUUUGUCCUUUCCCCGAUGUUCUCCCCUCCCCUUUCCCUGACCAACCUUGGGUGUGUCACCCUGCUGACAGAUGCCUCAGCGGUACAUGGACAGUUCUCUUUGACAUUCAUCAUUCAAAUCAUCCUUGUCAUUAUUGGAUUUAAAAGUAUUGUUUUGGGUACAACACCUUUACAGGACAGAUGUCCUCUUUCCAUGAUGAGCUAUGUCAUGGCAGUUUGGCUCCUCUGGGCCCUGGUGGACCGUGGGCACACGUGGAUUUUACUCCUAGGGCCACAGGAAGCCUUUAGGGCAUCUCAUGGUGAGGCGGGUGACCUGUACCUGGGAGAGGGAGGGAGCAGAGACCAGAGGGAGUGUGUGGUGGCAUGAAGGGACCGGGGAAUAGGCCGAUGGUGGGAGAUGGCUCUGGAGAGCACCCACCGGACCUGCUGAUGCUCAGAUUUAAGAGUGAAGGAAAAGUCCAAAAUAUAACAUUUCCUCCGUGACAAUUUCCCCUAACUAGGCUUUGUCCUGAGGCAGGGUGGGGCGGUUGGCAGAGCCAUCU